GCAGUUCACACUGAGUGUGUGAAUGAGGCGACUUCGAGAGAUCGCUUUAAACGUCUAAAAAAACCAAUAAUCUUUCUUACGUAGAAACGACACAACGAAUUGAUUUUUUCUGUGUGUUUCGUUGCGCCUGUAUUCCAUUAGCCGUGUAAUCAGAAUCCGAAAAAAUCCAUCUCUGUUCGGUGUGUGUGAGUGCAAAUUAAAGAAAAAAAGGCAAAGAAAUACAACGUCUCACUUGUCAAAUGUAGAAAAGAGAAAGAAAGAAAGUAAUUCGAGAAUAUAUUGUGUGCAUCGACAAUAUUCGGGCAACAAAAUAAUACAAAAAAAAAAUUAGGUAAAACAUCGGUGUCAAAACUCUCGGAGAAAUAGCAUGCAUUUUGCUGUCAUUUAUUUGAAUCCUGCCUUUUGUAUGUUUGCAUAAAAAGAUAAAUUGUUUUGUGGCCCCGUCUCUCAGUUGUAAUUUUUAAUAUUAUUUGUGCGGUUGGUGAGAAAAGUGAUAUACACAUAUAUUGUGUGCUCGGUGCAAUCGAAUAAAAUACACAACGAAUUCGCAACGUAACAAACGGAAUAAACAACUCGGAAAAGAGGUUUUUCUUUUCUCUUUCGUGCGACCAAAGAAAACAGAUACUAAAGAAAAACAUACGCGCAAUUUUUCCCAUAAAGAGAGCAUAUACUCACAGGAUUCACGGCUAGUUAUUUGAAAUGGAGGGAUUCGCUCAGAAAAUGACGGGUUUGGUUGCUGGCCCAACAGACGCAGCACAAUCAGAUAUACCUUGGUAUUUACGCUAUGGAGCUAGAGGUCUUGGCAUAUUUGGAGCAUUCUUUGCCAUUUUAUUUGGAUUCUGGAACUGCUUCGGUGUGCUAACGAUAAACUUCUCCAGUGUAUUAUCAGGCAUCCUGCAGAUACUGGUCGGUAUACUGGUGAUGUCAAUCGAAGCGCCCGUUUGUUGCAUGUUCAUUGACUAUGCACAGAAAUUUGCCCAAACGGUCGAAAGCCGACCACAAUGGUGGCGAGCAGCUGGCUAUUGCGCAGCGGCAAUUCCACCAGUACUGCUGGAGCCAGGAUUGGCGAGCAUCUUUGGAUGUGGUCUGAUAUUUGCAACGGGUGUUCUGUAUGGCAUGAUGUCGCUCGGCAAAAAAGCAUCGCGUGAGGAGAUGGCCGCAAAUGCAACCAAUGGAAUGUCUCCAACUGGCGGCCAACCGGCCAUGGAAGACCCGGAUAGCUACUUUGGAGCAAAUGAGACAGGCAGCAGCGGCUACAUCGUCGGAUAAUAGGAAUGGUACGAUGCGACCCGGCAAUAAUCUAGUAAAUAAUGCUCAACCAUUAUCAUUUACACCACCGCCAUACGACAGCAAUGUGUAACCGAAAAACACCGACCUAACCCCCCCUCCUUUUAGAGAUAGAGUGUGCCCAAUAGAACAACCCAUGCGGAAUCCACUUGGGCGUCAAAACAACAACAAAUUACUAUAAAACUAAAACAAAAAGAGAAAUCUGUUAGAAGAAUUCUUUUGUUUUGUAUGCAUUUGAAGCCUAACAAGGCAUCAAAUGCAACAAAGGGCAAAUAAUAAAUUAUAUAGUAGUCUAAUUGUAAAACUUGUUGGGCCGCCUGCAUAUCAGAAGCGCGUGCAUCUCCCAAAGUGUAAAAUAAUAAUAAAUAAUGCAACAAUUAAAUAAUUAUUUCGAUAAAUAUUAUAAAAAACAAAUAUCAAGCAACAGUUUAAAAAUGACGUUGUUUCGAACAUUCAACUUAAUUCGUUUUGUUUUUCAUUUCGAGAAACAAUGUUGUCUUUGGAUUUAAUGGAAUUAUUCCGUUUGAUUUGAGGACAAUAAAUAGAUCAAUGAUGAUAAUAUGUUGUAGAAGAAGUGGAAGAAGAAAAAAGACUUUUUUUUUUCAAAGUGUUACAUUAAAUUAAUUCAUAUGAUUAAGACUUAUAUUUAAUUAGAUAUUACAUGCUUUCAAGAUAUUUAAAAUGUUGAUAGAAGGAAUAAAAAAGAACACCAGCAACUCAUACAUUCUUAUUUAAAAAAACAACAACAAAAAGUCUAAUAAACAUACUGUGACAAUUUUCUGUUCGAACA